AUGGCGCUGCUGCCUCGUUGGAGCUGCUCCUGCUGCGUCCUGAGCUGCUCCGCCCGCCUCCGCCCCGAGCUGCUUCGUCGCCUGCAGCGGCUGAGCCCCUGCACCUCCGCGUGCGCGCCCCCGCAGCGCCGCGUCUCUGCCUGCUCUGCCCAGUGCGGUCCUGCUCGUCCCGCGGCCGGCUUGCCGCUAGGCAGCUGGGCUCCCCUGCGCCUCCUCGGCUCGCGUCCGCCUGGCCUCCCGCAAAGCCCCGUACCGACCCCGCCUCGCCGUCUGCCGGGUCGCCGCCUCGCUCCACCCGCCCGCCGGCUCCGCUUCCCCGCCGCCGGCUGCGGCAACGGCUCCUCGGCCGGCUGCUACCGCGCCCCGUCGCCGCCUUCGCCACUCCGGCAGCGCGGGUUGCUCGCGCCUCGCGGCCGGGUGCUCCGCGCCCGCCGGCUCCGCCCCGGCCGCCUCUGCCUCUGCCCGCGGACGGGUGCUCCGCCCCGAGCUCGGGCUCCGCCUCGCCUGCGCUGGUACGGCGGCCGCCCGUCUGCUCCCACGCGCCUCCGCCACCCGGCCCCGCCCUGUGGCCGGCUCCUGCUCGCCGCACGGCCGGCUCCCCGCGCCUGGGCCGCCUGCUUCGCGCCGGCUUCUCCUCCUCCCGUGCCGGCUUCGAGUGCCCGCCCGUGA